UCAAGCUAAUAGGUUUAGAUAGAUUUUUAUAAAAUGAAUAUAUGAAGUGAUGGAAUCAAAAUAAUAAAUGUAUAAUUCAAAAUGUUUUAAAAUAUUUAACUAAAAGCAAACUUCCAUGAGAUGAGAUUAAACCCAUCAAGACCAGUUUAUUAAUACAAAUUAGAAAUAACAGAUUCUACACCAGAGAAAGUGAGUGAAGCAUUAAAGAAAUUCAGACCUUAACUUUAAGCUUAAUUGAUUUUAUUUAUGAGUUUGAACUAGAAUAUUUAUUCACCAAAACUAAUUUAAGAAGCUGAUAAUGGAUUAGUAUUAGGUUCAUUGAGUGGGAAUGAAACAAAUUAAGACACAGCAACUUUAAAAUUAGUAGGAAAGAUAGAAAAUAAAGCAGAUUUGAACAUAAUAAUAUCAAGAUUGUUUAAAUAAGUAAUAAGAAGUUAAAUGUAAAUGGUUUCAGUAGGAAACAAAGGUUAAAAGUUGUUUUGGUCAAGUAGAGCAUAAUAAUUUAAGGAAUAAAAUUUAGAAGUAAUAAAAUUAAUUGAUAUAUAAAUAGAUAUGGCCAGGUGUAGAAUGUAUAUUUAGACCAGGAGAAGGAGGAGCACAGAAUCCAACUUUAGUAAUAGAUUGUGCAUUUAAGAUGUUAAGAUAUCGAUCUGCCUUAGAAGAAUUAAAUUAAACAAGAAAUCCUACUUGUAUUUAAGAUUAGAUUGUUAUGACUACUUAUAAUAAGAAGUUUUAUAAGGUUGAAGCUGUUGAUGUAAAUUUAUCACCAGGGAGUACAUUUACAAAUGAGAAAGGUGAAACUAUGUCAUUUGCUUAAUAUUAUGAAUAAAGAUAUAAAGUAAAGGUUGAAGGAAAUUAACCAUUAAUUAGAGCAACUGUAAGAAGUAAAUAAGAUAAAACUGAAAAAACAAUACAUUUGAUUCCAUAACUAUGUUAAUUAACAGGUUUAACUGAUGCUAUUAGAAAUGUAUAUAUAAAUUAUAUUUUAUUAGGAUUUUAAUGCUAUGAAGAAUUUAGCUGUCGUUACAAAACCUGGUGCUGAUUAAAGAAUGAAAAUGGCUUAAGAAUUCGCUAAUUAAUUAUCUAACACUGAAAUUAUUAAUAAAAAAGCUGGAACUAAAAGAUAAAUAUUUAAAGAAUGGGGUGUAGAAAUUAAUCCAGGAAGUAUGGAUUUACCCGCUCGAAGAAUUCAUCCAGGAAAUAUGUUAAUGGGUAAUGGUUUAAGAUUAGAUCUAUCAAGUCCAUAGACUAAUUUAGAUAGAUAAACAUAAACUUAGAUGUUUUCAACUCCUCCAUAAUAACUUAUAUUGGGAAUCAUUUAUAAUAAAAGAUCAGGUUAAUAAACUAUGGAUUCUUUAAUGUAAAACUUUUAAGCUGCAUGUAAUGACUUUAAAUUUUAAGCAUUCAUGGCUCCUAAAGUAUUUCCAAUUGAAUAAGAUAGAGAAGAUGAUUUAGAAAGAGUUCUUGAUGGUUUUUAAAAAUAAGCUGAAGCUAAUAAAGCUAAAGUUGGAUUUCUUUUAUUCCUUUUACCUGGAUAAAAAAAGAAAGCAAGAUUAUAUAAAUCUGCUAAGAAAAUAUCAAUGUAAAAAUUUGGUUGUGCUUCAUAAGUAGUUGUUGAAAAAACAUUAGCUAAAAAUACAAGAUCUAUUGUUAAUAAAAUAUUAAUAUAACUUAAUGCUAAAGUUGGUGGUACUCCUUGGGCAAUAGAUAGUUUACCUACUAAUUUUUAAAAUUAACCAACUAUGAUAUGUGGAACUGAUUGUUUUGUAAAAAGUGGUAGAAAAAAUUAAUUAGCGUUUUGUAGUACAGUUGAUAGGAAUUUAAGUAGAUAUUAUUCUUAAGUUGUUACAUCUGGAGAAUUUAGUUAACAUCUUUAAUAAGUAUUCAAAGCAGCACUUUUAGCAUUCAAAGAAUAAAAUGGAAUAUUUCCAAAAUUAGUUGUUAUUUAUAGAGAUGGAGUAGGUGAUGGUUAAUAAGCAGUUGUACUUGCUAAUGAAUUACCAUAAUAUAAAUAAGCAUUAGAAGAAUUAUAAAUAACAGAUACUAAAAUAUCACUUGUUGUAUGUAAUAAAAGAGUCUCUGCUAAAUUCUAUACUGGUGGUAAUGCUAGACCUGAUAAUCCUUAACCUGGAACAUGUGUAGAUAAUCCUAAAGUUGUAGAACAAACCAAUCCUAACUUUUAUUUAAUUUCAUAAGUUACUAGAUAAGGUACUGUAACACCAUCCCUGUAUAAAAUUAUACAUUCAGAUCAAACAGGUAUCCAUUAUUAUUAUUCUUAGGUCUUGACGAUGAUAUCAAAGUCUUAACAUUUAAAUUAUGUUGGUUAUUCUAUAAUUUUACAGGCUCUAUUAAAAUUCCUGCCCCUGUUAGAUAUGCUCAUUGUCUUUGUAACUUUAUUGGAGAUAAUUAUGAUGACAGAGAUUAAGUUAAGUUCUUACCAUUACCUGACCUUGUUAAGUAAAAAGUCCUAUUUUAUAUUUGA